AUGAUCGAAACGAACAACGACAUGGAAACCACAAAGGGACAGAAGAAACGAAAGCGGAACAAGAAUCCUCUCUCUCAAGCCAGAGGCAAACAGAAUAAACAUGAGAAUGUUUGGUUUCGAAGAUCGAAUGCGGGAUACUCCUUAUUUGUCCAGUAUUACAUGAAUCAACCCAUCGGAACGAUAUCCAGUGCAGAAGGAGUCAAAAGUGGUGACGCUACCUCGUCGAAAGAAGAGGGACAUAAAAUUGGCCCCAAAACUGGUGAAGGGAUGCAGCCCAAAUCAGGUGGUGGUAACUCGCGUGCAGCCAAAAGACGAAACAAGAAGAAAAAGGGCGGAAAGAUUCAGAAUACCAAUUCCAAGACAGUCGACGAGAGUGCACUUGCAGUUAUGACGACGGAUUCUUCGCCAACUGAGGUUUCUAGUCCUCCAUCCCUGCUGGAGUCCGCCUACUCAAAAUUCGAGAUGUUGGAUGAUAGUCCUUGCCACAGAAACAAUGUCGAAUUUCAAUCUUUCUUGAAGGCUUUCUCCCAGCCGCUACCGCUCUCUUUUCGGAUGAGGCAGUUUGAAACGGCGUCGGAGCGACGCCAGAUGGAUAAUGAAGUUGCUGAAGAGGUUUUAGCGGAGUUCUCGGAUUUGGUGGAGGCAGUUCAGUUUGGCAAUACAACCUUGUACCGAUCCAAGAACCGUCCUAGUGACGUCUUGUGCAAGGAGAAUCUGAGCCGUAUUUCUCCAGACCUAAAGGAGUUUUUGCAAGAAAAUUCGCAAAAUGGUGUACUUGCUCGACAAGAAAUCGGCAGUAUGCUCCCAGUCGUUGCUCUUCAUGAUGUCGGCGCGAUUCGAGUUGGCGCAAAGGUGUUGGACGUCUGUGCAUCCCCAGGUUCCAAGACACUUCAAGCUCUCGAAAUUGUGGGCCAGAACGGAAGGGUUGUAGCGAACGAUGUUUCGGAGAAUCGACUGAUCACGCUGCGUCAAGCUCUAGGACGCAGUGGGGUGUCUUCAAGUCUCUUGAAGCGUCUUCAUUUUAGUUGUCAAGAUGGUUCUAGAUUGCAAGCACCAGUCACCAAGUCGAAAUCAAGUGGAGAAAAAUCCAAACUUAAAUUCGAUGCGGUCCUUUGCGACGUUCCGUGUUCUGGGGACGGAACAUGCCGCAAAGACAAGCACAUUUUGCCAAUGUGGAAACCGAAUUGCGGCAACGACUUGCACGAUUUGCAGCUCCGAAUCUUGAUUCGCGCUUUGCAACUGGUGGAGGUAGGCGGCGUAGUUUGCUACAGUACUUGCACGUUGAAUCCAAUCGAAGACGAGGCUGUUGUCGCCGCAGCGCUGUCAACGAUUCAAGCAUCCAAAGACUCCAAGGACGGGACGAAAAAGAAGCGUCCCAGUCCAAUUGUAGAGCUACUGGACUGGCCUUCCUUGCCCGGCGAUCUCGUGAGACGCCAAGGAAUAUCAUCCUGGAAAGUGGCAGAGUUCCGAGCCGACGACCAAGGUGAUAGCUCCGAGGGUGAGAUUGACAUUGACGACGCAGAAGAUAUCCCAAAAAUCACUUGGCACGACUCCUACGCGUCUGCGACAUCACAGCCACCAACUUGCACAAUCUCACCGACCAUGUGGCCACCUUCAAAUGAAUCUUCAAAGGACCUUCACCUAGAAAAGUGCAUGCGGUUAUGGCCCCAAGAUCGGGAUACCGGAGGGUUUUUCUUGGCUCUGAUAAAGAAGAAUCGUGACUUUAAGCUAAAAUAG